UCCCUUGGAUACCCUCAUUCACUCAUUCAUGAAUUAACUGUCAACCGUUGGUGGGAGAGUUAAAAGGGGGCCGUCCCUAAAAUACUCAUUUCCUCCCAUCACCAGUUAUUUCUCCAUCAUAACAUUGCCGACUGCUUAUAAAUCGAGUGCUGAAGAAAUUAUUCAUCAAAAUUUUCAGGGAAUUAUCAUUUUAAAAUCGAAAAAUUUAUUCAAUUACGGAAUUACUAUAAUGGAUAAUUCAGUUAUCAGGAAGUCAACUCACAAAUUGAUCGGUGAAGUAAUGAAGAAAUAUGAGCCGGACGUGGAGAUUCUUCAGAUGAAUGAAGAGCCAGGAACUCGAAGAGGUGAUAAUUAUACGUCGAUGCUGUAUCGUCUUCGUUUGAAUGGACGAAAACGUCUGAAGUCUGGUGAUUGUGUUCCCUGGGAGACAGCUAUUAUCUACAAAGUCCUUCCGGAGUCUCAAGCCCAUCGAGAUUAUUAUCAGAGUGAGCUGUUGUUCAAGAAUGAAGUUGUUUUUUACAAUCACGUGUGGCCGAUAUUCAAGGAGUUGCAGAAGGAUGGGAGGGAAGUUUUUUUUGGUGUUGCUGAAGUUUAUGUUGCCCAGUCUGAUCUUAUUGCUAUGGAGGAUCUGAAAAGGAAAGGGUAUGUCAUGGCUGAUAGGAGGAAGGGCUUGGAGAUGAAUAGGUUGAAGCCUGUCCUCAAGGCUCUCGCAGGAUUUCAUGCACUGAGUCUCACUCUGAGGAAUUUGAGACCAGCGAUUUUCGAUCGCUUCAAUGAUCAAUCGAAUCCGCAAAGUAUUCGAGAGGGAUUUUUCCGAAUUGAAAAUGAAGAGUGGUACCGGCAGUAUUAUCGGAGUGCCUCUAAAAACGCAAUUUCAAUGGUUUCUGAGGCUCUACCACCGGAGCAUGAAAGCAGAAGAGGUGAUAUUAUGGAAAAAUUGGAAGCAUUUCUCCAGGAGGACGUUUUCUUCCGAAGAAUGUGCGAGCUAGCAGCAACUCCUGGACCACUCACGGUUAUUUGUCACGGAGACUGCUGGACCAAUAAUUUUUUAUUCAGCGAUCAAGCCACCGACGCUGAGCCAGUUUAUCUCGUUGAUUUCCAAUUGAUACGUAUCGGUUCGUUGGCGUUGGAUUUAGUCAAUCUACUCUAUGUUUGCACCUCUGCGGAAGUUCGACGGACCCAGAUGACUUCUCUUUUACGUCAUUAUCAUUCGAAUUUAAUGACUGCUUUACAUACUCUGGAUCCUGAUAAUAAAGACAGGGAUCCUGCGAUGAUGUGGAGCUUGUUGAAUGAUGAAAUGCGGAGAUACGCACGUUUUGGUUUGGGUGCCGCAAUUGAUAUGAUUCCAAUAACUACGUGCGAGAGUGAUGAGGCGCCAGAUUUGUACAGAGAGGAGGGUGAUAGUAAUGAGGGUCAUGAAGUUCGAGGACCACCACUUGGAGGGAAUCAAUGUGCCAGGCUCAUGACUGACCUCGUUCUCGAAUUCUUUCACAAAUCCGAUCUGUAAUUUCCGCAAUCGAAUUGAUUCAAUCAAAUCGUCAUUCUAAUUAGAUCUAUUCCAAUUAGAAUUCUCAAGUCAUUGAUUAUCAGAAGACAAUUCAUUGCUGGAUUAUUAAAAUCAAUUUUUAAACUGUAGGAAAUUAUUAUCAAUUGGGGGAAUUGCGUUCG